AUGACAACUCGAUUUAAGAAGCAUCGGAAGAAGCGUGGCCAUGGGCGUAUCGAAAAACACUGGAAGCAUCCCGGAGGACGCAGAAAUGCCGGAGGAAUGCACCACCACUGGAUCCUCUUCAACAAGUACCACCUGGGAUACUUCGAUAAAGUAGGAAUGCGUUAUUUCCACAAGCUCCAGAACAAGUUUUUCUGCCCCACCGUCAACAUCGACAAGCUUUGGUCUCUUGUACCUCUCGAAGUCAAGGCACAAGCUCAAGCUCAAAAGGGCUCUGCUGUGCCAAUGAUUGAUGUGACCAACUUUGGUUUCUUCAAGGUUUUAGGCAAGGGGAUGCUGCCGCCGGCCUAG